AAUGGAAAAGAUAAUUUUGUGAUGGGCUUUUUUGAGAAAUUAAAUACCUCAAUGCAGAAGCUUAUUGCAAGCUAAAGAAGACAGCAUUUUAAGAGACUGCAGCAGCCGAAAAGAAGUGGACUGUGAGGUCUCGCUUCCCCUUACUGUAGAGAACUAAAGAAAAUGCCAGUCACUUAUCGCUUACGACAGGAAGCCCUCGAGCUACGGCGAAUAGUAAGAACGAUCAACACUGAACUGGAUGAACAUCAUAAGAAUGUCAAUAUUGCCAAUGCCACUGGCAGCGCCGCCUCACUAUUUGGGGGAGUACUAACAAUAGCAGGCGCCAUCCUGGCUAUUCCAACAGCCGGUCUGACCUUGCCUUUGGCUGGUGCCGGCGCCUUAGUCGCAGGCGCUGGUGGCGCUGUCUGUCUGGGAGCUUCUAUAGUUGAGCUGGUCAUCCAGAAGCACAACCUCAACGACGUCGACAGAAGAUGGGAAACAUUUCAAAAAGAUUUAUCAGAUUAUUACACAGAUGUCUAUGGCUCUGAAGUUGUUCCGUCCAACAUUCUCAACAUCGUCGGAAAAAUUAUCGACGGUGCGAUCGAAGUGAGACAAGGUUAUCAACUGAUCAAGGGAGGAGUGGCGGCUAUUCAAGCGAUCAAAGCGGGUCAAGCGGGUGGCAAGCUGGCGAUGGGUGUCUCGAAGGUUGCCAGCAUGUUUGAAGCGGGUGCCCUGGGCAGCGUGGCAUCUCUAGGAACUAAAACUUUGGGAAAAGCGUUUUUCGUCAUGAACGUCGUCCUCAUCCCCUUCAGCCUGGUGGACCUCGUGCGGUCAGCCGCUGCGGCGAACAGUGGCGAGCGGUCGGCGGCGUCGUCUAAACUGGACAGACUGGCGGACUUCCUAGAGAAGGUUGCCAACGAUGAACUGUAGAGUCGCUGCCACACAUAAGUGUCAUUAGUCAGGCGCAUACAUAAAAUCACACGUGCACUGACACAAAAGUCAAACUUGGGAAAAACACAUUAAUUAAUAAAAAAUUAUAGUUACAUUAUGAUUUUUUUGUUGGCUUUAAUGCAGUCAGAUAUCACUUCCUAGAAAAUAUUUUACUAAAUUAUACCAGUAUAAGUUUUUAGAAACAAGAUUACAUUUUUUUUAAGUCCCACAGUUCUAGACUUGACUGUAUCUUUGUCAGUCAGUUAUAAGAAGACACAUCGUUUUAAAAUGCCAUGCUUAUUUCUACACUUUUAAUGUUCGUUUUAAGGGACUGUGAUUCUUAUCUAAAAUGUCCUUAUACGACGAGAACCACUUACAUCGAACAAACAAUUUGCUUAAAAAUAAUUAAUCAAUUGUUAUAUAAGGCAUAUGAUUAGAUAUCUGUUUAUGAAAACAUUCAAGAUACGAAUUCAAAUACAAUGCAAAACAUGUUUAAUAAUAUUUUUCAAGAAGGUAUUGUGUCCACCGACGGUCACAUAAGGACGCUAUACACAAGAACAUGAAAUGUGUAUCUACAAGUCUGUUUAAUUUAUUUGUAAUCAUCUACGUUGGGACUUGAUGGCACUUUCAUAAGAAUUAAAAACAAUGCCUAUGUUCUGAAAUGACAGAAUAAAUGCUACACAGAAUAAAUUUUUUCAAAUCGA